CCGGGGUCACGAGACCGUUGGGUAGGAGGAGCCAGCGGCCGGGGAGGUUCUAGUCUGUUCUGUCUCGCGGCAGCCGCCCCCUUCCCCACGGUGACGCUGGGCUAGUACCUGCGCCUGGAAUCGGGCCGCAACCUUAGCUGCGUCCGCCGCCCGCCGCCCGCCGUCGCCUCUGGACCAUGGACCCCCGCAAAGUGAGCGAGCUUCGGGCCUUUGUGAAAAUGUGUAAGCAGGAUCCGAGCGUUCUGCACACCGAGGAAAUGCGCUUCCUGCGGGAGUGGGUGGAGAGCAUGGGGGGUAAAAUACCACCUGCUACUCAUAAAACUAAAUCAGAAGACAAUAUCAAGGAAGAAAAAACAGAUAGUAAGAAGGCGGAGGAAAACAUAAAGACAGACGAACCAUCAAGUGAGGAAAGUGAUCUAGAAAUUGACAAUGAAGGUGUGAUUGAACCAGAUACUGAUGCCCCUCAAGAAAUGGGAGAUGAAAAUGUAGAGAUAACCGAGGAAAUGAUGGAUCAGGCAAAUGAUAAAAAAGUGGCUGCCAUUGAUGCCCUAAAUGAUGGUGAACUACAGAAAGCCAUUGACUUGUUCACGGAUGCCAUCAAGCUGAAUCCUCGCUUGGCCAUUCUGUAUGCCAAGAGAGCCAGUGUCUUCAUCAAAUUACAGAAGCCAAAUGCUGCCAUCCGAGACUGUGACAGAGCUAUUGAAAUAAAUCCUGAUUCAGCUCAGCCUUACAAGUGGCGAGGGAAAGCACACCGACUUCUGGGCCAUUGGGAAGAAGCAGCACAUGAUCUUGCCCUUGCUUGUAAACUGGAUUAUGAUGAAGAUGCUAGUGCAAUGUUGAAAGAAGUUCAGCCAAGGGCCCAGAAAAUUGCUGAACAUCGGAGAAAGUAUGAGCGAAAACGUGAAGAACGAGAGAUCAAAGAAAGAAUAGAAAGGGUUAAGAAGGCUCGGGAAGAACAUGAGAGAGCCCAGAGGGAGGAAGAAGCCAGACGACAAUCAGGAGCUCAGUAUGGCUCUUUCCCAGGUGGCUUUCCUGGGGGAAUGCCUGGUAAUUUUCCUGGAGGCAUGCCUGGAAUGGCGGGGGGAAUGCCUGGAAUGGCAGGAAUGCCUGGGCUCAAUGAAAUUCUUAGUGACCCAGAGGUUCUCGCAGCCAUGCAGGAUCCAGAAGUUAUGGUGGCCUUCCAGGAUGUGGCCCAGAACCCAGCAAAUAUGUCAAAAUAUCAGAGUAACCCAAAGGUUAUGAAUCUCAUCAGUAAAUUGUCAGCCAAAUUUGGAGGUCAAGCAUAAUGCCUUUCUGACAAAUAAAGCCCUUGCUGAAGGAAAAGCAACUUCGAUCACCUAUUGGAUGUCGCAAUAAUACAAACCAGUGUACCUCUGACCUUCUCAUGGAGAAAGCUGGGGUGCUGUGAAGAUAAUCCCUACCCCUCUGCCCCACAUACAACUGAGACAUUUUUCAGUGGUUUGCCAUUAGGGUUUUCAUUCAGAUGAUGUUUUCCUACUAGGAAUUACAAACUUUAAACACUUUUUAAACCUUAAAAAUAUUUAAAAACAUAUUAAAAGGGUGUGUUAAUCCCUACAUUUUUCUUUACUAAUCAUUUCAGUUUUUUUCCUUUGGAUUAAUUGGGCAAGGAAGAUACUUCAGUAUGGAAGAUUUAUUGCUCAGUUUGAAAUAAAGGCUUAUUAGCGAGAGGCAAAUAUAACAUUUAAAUAGAUUAAGUUUGAGUUGGGUAUAUGGUUACUGAGGCAUUUUGACUUGUCUUUUUAAAUGCUUUAUUUUUUAAACAUGAUUUAUUUCAAUAAAACCAUUGGGACCACCAGUAUUGCAGUAGGACCUGGAUAGGGGCCGGAAGUUCUUGGCAGGGCAGCAGCAACCUUUCUCCUUUAAUAUAGCAUGCACACUUGUGCAGAUGCAUUUAAAUCUUACACUGUGGUGAAGGGAUGAUUUUUAUAAUGCUGCAGUAGAGUUGGAUUACUUAGCUGUGUUCUUGUGUGAUACAGAAAAUAAAUGUUUCGUAUUAUUUCCACACGGGAAAUAAGGGAAUACUUUUCUUUUUGUAUUUCUGUGUUUAGAAUGACCUUUCCUAGUCAGAAAAUGGCCCAUCUCAUUGUGUGUUUUCUACUUGUUUUCGCCUCCCCAUCCCCUUAUUCUUUUUGGGCUAAAGAUUGUCCUUUUUCACUGGCACCAUCACUAAUAUCAUUCACAGCAUAAUUGUGCAAGCAUAUGUAAUGCUGGGUUUAAUUUAAUAUGUAAUACAUAUAAUGAUUAUGGAAGGUAAUAUCCAUAGCAGCUGUAGUUUCUUACUUGGCCAACAGAUUUCAUAUUUAAGUGUUAGGUUUUCACUUCAGUGAAAGCUUAUAUCAAAAGAUGUUGGGAGGAGGGAUUCCCUUUGUUGUUCAGUUCUCUACUUAGGAAAUACCUAUUGCAAUUGGAGUUUAUCUUACCUUAUUUGUCUUCAUAUUUUGGAAAGCAUGAGGUUUGACUUCAUUGAUACACUACAGGGGAACUAAACUUUUUGGUCCAACAUGAAUUAUAAAAUUGAUGAGAUCCAUGGUUCUUCAUUGUGGAGUUGAUGGUAUUAUUAUGAGUCCUUGUACUGCUAUUCAUCUCUUAAAUAGUGCACCAUAUCCCCACCUCUCCUUUUUCUCCCUCCCUCUCUUCAAGGAUAAAGAAAUGAUAGAUUUUCUGCUGUACGUUCAACUCUUACAUUAAUUAAGUCCAGGCACUGUACCAGGAAUUGCUAGGUUUCUACCUAUCUUUCAAUUUAAAGUGGCAGGUGUUUAAAAACAGUUUCAAGGGAUGAGACCCUCUGUACUUUGCUUAUUUGAAGAAUCAGUGGUAGGAGCCAGUAAAAAAAUUUCAUGGAAUACAUUUCUGAAAUAGCACAUUUCUGGAGUCAUAAGUGACGUGAUUCAGGUUCUCAUCCUUUGCUGUACACAAACGGUAAUGCAUCUGUUAUAUAAGUGAGAAAAGGCUGUAUGCUAACUGAGCAUGCUUUUUAAACCCUUUAAAAAUACUCAGCAUAUAAACUUGCGUUUGAGCUUGCCAGUGUUUUUUUGUUGUUGUUAAUGUGUGUUCUCUCAAAAUUUCUAAUGUGUGCUGUGAGUAACUCAAGAAGACCAGUUCCUUUUGGGUUCCUUGUUUGAUUUACUUAAUUAUAUAUUACUUAAAUACAUUCUAACAUUGCAAAUAGUACCAUAAAUGGGUAAAAGUAAAAUUGGUCUUCAGAAAAAUGUGUCCUGUGCUUUUAAGUUCCACAAAUACAUUCAUUUUCGUAGAAACUCAGUAUCAUUUCUAAACCAGAAGUGUUUUUUUCUUGUGCUAACAAUGCUAUAAGAAGGAAAAGUAAAGUAGUUUUUUUUUUCUGCUUAAAAAUACAGUCAAUGGAUUUCUAGCUACAUUAAAAAUAAACUAUGGUUUCAAACUGGAUAUCGACCCCCCCA